AUGGCUGCCGUCCUUGAGAAGAUUGCCAAGUAUGCCAUUCCUAUUGGUCUUGCCGUAGGUGGUGCUCAGUCGGCUAUGUAUGAUGUCCAGGGUGGUUAUCGUGCGGUUAUUUUCGAUCGUAUUCAGGGUGUCAAGUCGGUGUCUGUCGGUGAAGGUACUCAUUUCUUGGUGCCUUGGUUGCAACGUGCUGUCCAGUUCGAUGUUCGCACCAAGCCUCGCAACAUCUCCACCACCACCGGAUCCAAAGAUAUGCAGAUGGUUUCCUUGACUUUACGUGUGUUGCACCGUCCUGAAAUCAAGCAACUUCCGGCAAUUUACCAGAACUUGGGCUUGGAUUACAAUGAAAGAGUGUUACCUUCCAUUGGUAACGAAGUCUUAAAGGCCAUUGUUGCUCAAUUCGAUGCCAGCGAACUCAUCACUCAGCGUGAAGUGGUCUCGGCCAAGAUUCGCGAGGAAUUGUACAAGCGUGCCAAGGAUUUCAACAUUGCUUUGGAAGACGUUUCUAUUACCCACAUGACGUUUGGUAAAGAAUUCACCAACGCUGUCGAGCAGAAACAGAUUGCUCAGCAAGAAGCUGAACGUGCCAAGUUUGUUGUCGAACGUGCCGAACAAGAAAAGAAAGCUGCUAUUAUCCGCGCUGAAGGUGAUGCACAAGCUGCUGAGUUGAUUUCGGCCGCUUUGGAAAAGGCCGGUGAAGGUUUGAUUGCCUUUAGACGAAUUGAAGCUUCCAAGGACAUUGCCCAGACCCUGUCUCGCAACCAAAAUGUGACUUAUCUUCCCAGCAAUAGAGAAGGCGGUAGCAACAUGCUCUACAAUAUUCCUGUCUAA